AUGAGGGUGCCUCAUAAUGCAAGAUUUAACAGGGCUUCAUCCGGCUGGUUCGAUGGUGAUAUUUUUGAAGAUUGGGUUAAAACAAUAGUUAUACCAUUUUGGGAAAAGAAAGAGGGUAAGAAAAUUUUGAUAGGAGACAAUUUGUCCUCACAAUUGUCUGUUGAUGUUAUAAAACUAUGCCAGGAAAAAGAUAUUCACUUUAUUUUUCUGCCCGCGAAUUCAACGCACCUUACACAGCCCCUAGACGUUGCAGUUUUUAGACCCAUGAAGAUAAUUUGGCGUCACUUAUUAAACAAGUGGAGAAAAACUGACGAUGAGAGAACCCAAUCAUGUGUUCCAAAGGCUUGUUUUCCAUUCCUGUUAAAAGUGCUAAUGGAUGAGCUAAGUGUGAAUGCUGAAAAAAAUAUUAAAGCCGGGUUUAGAAAAUGUGGGAUUAUCCCAUUAGAUGCUAACCAAGUUUUAGCAAGGCUUCCUCUCCAAGAAGAGGACGAAGAGAAAAGAAAAUUGGAGGUAGUGGCAGGAAGAAGUGUAAGUGCUGAGGAAUUAGAAAGGAAUGAAGAUCAGGAACCUUUGAAACCAAAAAAGAAAAGAACACUAAAGCAAACAAAUAAAUCAACUCCAAAAGGGAAGGGUAUGGGCAAAAAAACAAAACCAAAAAUUUGCAACUUACAGAUAGACAACGGUGAAAACAGAAAUUGCGAUAUCAAAAUAUGCGGUGAAAGCAAAGAGAUAAAUGACGAUAAUAUAUUUGAGGUACCGGUUGGAUUACACGAUCCUGAUGUAGUGAUUCCUGAACCUUUUGAUUUUUCCAUUGAAGAAAUGCCAAUAAAUUUUGAUGAAAAUUUCGAUUGCCAAGAAAUUGAUUUGAGAACUGUUGAUGAAGACCAAAAGAACCAAAACACAAGUAAACAAGAUUAUGACAAAGAAAAUGAAAAUCUUGAAACAAAAAACACACAGAAGCCUAAAAUUCAAAUUAUAUCAGAUAUAAAACUUAAAUUGCCAUUGCCUAUAAAGAGGAUAAACAGUAAAUGGUUACCUUACACAAUAGCGGAAAAAGACAUUGAAUAUUUUUUUCCACCGCCGCCAUUACGUGCCAUGCGUCUUCGUCUAACAGCGACUUUAUCAAACUGUACACUAUGUAUUGUAAAACCGCAUGCAAUUCGCGAAGGAAAAUUAGGAGCUGCAUUGGAAGCUAUUGAUGAAGGAGGGUUUGAGGUUACAGCUUUAAACAUGUUCAUUGUGGAAAAUGACAAUGCUGCUGAGUUUUAUGAAGUAUAUAAAGGCAUUGUUCAGGAGUAUAAGGGAAUGGUUGAAGAAUUAUCAAGCGGUCCAUGUGUUGCUAUGGAGAUAGUAGCUAAAGACAAAAAUGUGAAUACCGCUGUAGAAUUUAGAAAACUAGUCGGUCCUUCGGAUCCUGAAAUUGCAAGAUUAUUACGUCCUCAUACGUUACGAGCGAAACUAGGAAAAACAAAAGUACAGAAUGCAAUACAUUGCAGUGAUUUAGAUGUCGAUGGCUUGCUGGAAGUAGAAUAUUUCUUCAAAAUAUUAGAUCUUUAA